GUAUUGGCAGCCAUGAGAGCUGAAGGUGGAGAACAAGCUGUCUUCCAUACUCUAAACCGUGCACGUGCACUCUACAGGAACAAAAUGCAAGCUAAUGCUGCUGUGGAUGAACUGGCCUCCUUGUUUGCGGAAUGUGUUAUAGCUGAAGCACAGCCUGUAGGAUCUGAGCCACCACAGCCUCAUGCAGCUGUUCCUUCUACUCUUCUUGAUGCUAAUGACACCUCCAUACUUGCGAUGACUGGGAGGAAGCAGAUUAUGUUAAAUGCCUUUGCAGAUGGAAGCAGCUUUGUCUGUUUGCAGUGUGGAGGCCUUGUCAGCAAUCUACGCAAGGAGGAACAUCUGGCAUACUGGUGUAGUCAGGUCUGAUCUCAAUUACAUGGGUUUCUUGCUUUUCUGUUGUUAUUUUUGUGCAUGUAUCAUCAUCAUCACUGGUGGCAGCAUCACCAUAAUCAUAUAAACAAUGAUUGGUGUUAUUUGCGGAAUUGCCUGGUCCAUAUUCCAGAUUGUCUGAAACACAUGGCACUAUUAGUGGAUCGAUCAUGAUAUAGAAGUGGGGUAGACUGUUGGAAACUUUUGUUUUCUGCUGAAAAAUUUGUAGCAUGCUUGAUGCUUGCAUGUGUUAUACUGUAUAAAACAGCAAUAGACACCAGCUGGAUUCUCCAGCUAAUUGAGUAUGUUCUGACAUUAAAGGAAGACUUCUUGGUCCA